UGAGAAUGUCUGCAAUUUUCUUUUGUUAAUAAGUAAUAUAUAGACAUGAUAAAGUGUACGGUUCACAUUUCUGUUCAUGCGGUUUAUUAUAAAAAUACUUUGGUUAACUGUGCUGCACUAAACUUUUACAUACUCUAAGACAGAGGUAAACAUGCCUUGUAUUACGGUACGUGUUAGGGACGAGUGGCUAACUGUGCCCUGUAAGGAUUUGACUUGCACGGUGCACUGGCUGGGACUUGAGGCACUGAGACGAUACACCAAGAACAAGCCAGAUAAUGGAGAUCCUGUCCAUGAGGUCUGCUUCACUAUGAGAAAGUGCCAGGGGAAGGGAGUUCUGGAUCCGGAUGAUACCUUAGAAGAAGUGCUGGAGGACAAUGACUUUGUGGAGCUUAGUUUAAAAGAGGAUAAAGACAAUUUCUCUCCAUUAUUUAUUUCGUCAUGUCUUUGUGCUUCUUACAGAAGAAAAUAUCAGGAGCCAAAAGAAUAUUUGUAUUUAGAUGGGAACACCCUCACUACAGGAGAUGUGGUGAAUUUAGGAAAAGGAAUGUACAAAAUUAAGUUGACUAAAGAGGCUGAAAAUAAUGUCAAAAAAUCAUGGGAAGUUGUUGAGAAUGUAGUUAAGGAAAGCAAAGUUGUGUAUGGGAUAACCACAGGGUUUGGCAAAUUUGCUCAGACUGUGAUUCCCAGAGAGAAAAUUGUGGAACUUCAAGAGAAUGUGGUUCGCUCUUCAGCAGCAGGUGUUGGUAAGCCACUGAAUCCAGAGCGCUCCCGUAUGCUGUUAGCAUUAAGGAUCAAUGUACUGGCCAAAGGAUACAGCGGCAUUUCCCCAGACACACUCCACCAGAUAAUUGAAGCUUACAAUGCUUCCUGCUUAUCCUUCAUACCUGAGAAGGGGACAGUUGGUGCUAGUGGAGAUCUCGCCCCACUGUCUCAUUUAGCACUUGGCUUGAUGGGAGAAGGAAUGAUGUGGUCUCCAAAGUGUGGCUGGGCUGAUGCCAAGCAUAUUUUACAGGCUCAUGGACUGAAACCCCUCUCACUUAAGGCUAAAGAGGGACUGGCUCUCAUAAAUGGGACACAGUUGAUCACCUCACUUGGGUCAGAAGCUGUUGAGAGGGCCGAAGCCAUAGCCAGACAGGCGGAUAUAAUAGCAGCUCUAACCCUCGAGGUUCUUAAGGGAUCAGCAAAAGCCUUUGACAAGGACAUUCAUAGGCUUCGUUCUCAUCCUGGGCAAGAGGAGGUAGCUUUUAGGUUUCGGUCACUUUUGGAUUCAGAUCUAUAUCCUUCAGAAAUUGCAGAGAGUCACAGAAAUUGCAACAAAGUCCAGGAUGCAUACACCUUACGCUGCUGUCCACAGGUCCAUGGCAUUGUGAAUGAAACUAUUGCUUUUGUGAAGAACAUCAUUAACAAAGAAAUAAACAGCGCCACCGACAACCCAAUGGUGUUUUCAGAGAGAGGCGUGACUCUCUCAGGAGGUAAUUUCCAUGGGGAGUAUCCAGCCAAGGCUUUAGAUUAUCUGGCCAUAGGAGUACAUGAACUUGCCUCGAUCAGUGAGAGAAGAAUUGAACGGCUGUGUAAUCCUUCCCUAAGUGAACUUCCAGCAUUUUUGGUCAGUGAAGGAGGUCUGAAUUGUGGCUUCAUGGUAGCACACUGCACAGCUGCUGCUCUGGUUUCAGAGAAUAAAGUUUUGUGUCACCCUUCUUCUGUUGACUCCUUGUCCACCAGUGCUGCCACUGAGGAUCACGUGUCAAUGGGAGGCUGGGCAGCUCGAAAAGCCCUCAAAGUGGUGGAGCAUGUGGAGCAAGUUCUUUCCAUAGAACUAUUAGCCGCUUGCCAGGCGCUGGAGUUCUUGCGUCCCUUGAAAACUACUGAACCUUUGGAAAGAGUCUAUGACCUUGUACGUUCUAUGGUCAGACCAUUAACCAAGGACCGCUUCAUGACUCCAGAUAUUGAGGCUGUUCACAGACUUCUGCUAGAAGAAAAGGCAAGCAUUUUUAAUACACAACUACCAUCUGUUUUAGUCUGAUAGAACUUUAUAUAUUUUUAUAGCACCAAUGGAUAUUAGGCAAGCUAAAUGAUCAGUCUGGGCAGGGAGGGAUGUUGACACAACUUGAUUUUUUUCCUGAAAGCUGUUGGUUGGGAACAUGGUAACUCUGCACUAACACGUCAUCCAGUUGAUCAUGCAGGUUUAGUGAGUGUGUUUGUAAUGUUGUUAUAGUUUCAUCUGUUAGCUUUACCUCCAUUGUCCUGUGCUGUCAUUUAUUUCUGUUUUUAAAUUCUGAUUACUAUCAGUUUUAAAAUAAAUACAUUAUUAAAAUCACAGCUGGGUGUCAGUAACAGCAGCAGUAGGUGUUUCAUUGGAACACUGCUUUAUAUAGGACAAAACAAUUUUCUUUAUAAAUGUCUUCAAAUUACAAAUGCCUUUGGCUGAGAAAACUGGAAAGCCUAGAUCUGUAAUAGCCAAGGAAUUCAGGUACAACACCUCUAUUUAACACGUGGCUUGUUAUUUUCCUUACCAUACCUUGACCUGUAAGUAUUUGUGUUAUUGCAGGUGUGGGAUGUUGCAAAUCCUUACAUGGAGAAGUACAGAAAGCAACACCUUCCACAAUAACGUCUAGACAGCCCAGGUCAUCAGUCCCAGGUAUGGCGAAACCCUUCUGCAGCGCCUGAGAAGCCAAGGCACAAUAGCCUUUAUCUAGGCAGCAACCUGCUAAUGACGCACAGUAUUUAUGAAGGCGUUCUUGAAAAGCCUUCAGAGUUACACGAAUCGUACAAUGAAUGUGUUAUUCUAGCAUUAUUUCUUUAUAAACACAGCUACUGAUUCUUUAAAAUGUCUCUUAUCUUAGAGCACACAACUGAUCUGGCACACAAUUCAGAAAGCAUUAAAGAAAAAUCUUUUGGUAAAUGUAACUUGGAAUAAAAGCAAAUGAAUAAUGAGCUACACAAAUAAUAAAUAAUAUGUAUUAAUA